GAUCCAAAAAUGGCUUCUAUUCGCUGUCGGCGAGACCCGUGUGGAUUCAUUUGUUUAUUAUUGACGUAUUUUAGCGUCUUCUAUGCCGAUUAUGUGGUUAUUCAAUAUGUGCUCAUCCCUGCUUACUCCGGAAGUGUGUGGUGCACGCUGCACGGUUCAGUGUUUAAUGUAAUAUUACUGCUGCUGCUUGCAUGUCACUCCAAGGCUGUGUUCUCAGAUCCAGGGAUGGUGCCUCUGCCUGAGACGGCCAUUGACUUUUCUGACCUGAGAUCGCAAUCCAACCGCAUGAAUGAGAGGGGUUGUGAGGGAUGGACAGUGUGCAGCAGAUGUGAAACAUAUCGACCACCCCGGGCACACCACUGCAAGGUCUGUCAACGCUGUAUCAGACGCAUGGACCACCACUGUCCCUGGAUAAACAACUGUGUUGGAGAGCUCAACCAGAAAUAUUUCAUCCAGUUUCUCUUCUACACAGGCAUGGCCAGCCUGUACUCGUUGGUGCUGGUGGUGUCAGCGUGGGUGUGGAGGAUCCGCAGUGAGCGGGAGGAAGACGGAGAGAAGGACAAAGAGGGGGAAGAGUCGCCCAGCAAACACCUCAUUGUGGCUCACUAUAUUAUUCUUCUGGUGGAGUCCAUUCUCUUUGGUGUGUUUGUAAUGGUCAUAUUUUACGAUCAGCUAGUGUCCAUAAUAACAGACGAGACGCCCAUUGAGCAGAUGAAGAACAAGCUCAUGAAGGAUAGAGCCAACGGCGCCCCUCCGGCACACAACACACACACGCGGAAGCCCAAGCUAGCGCUGCUCCGAGAGGUCUUUGGAAGAGGGUCUGUGCUUUGUUGGCUGUUACCACUCCACUCUGCCCCUCCUUCCGUCGGAGGAAUCAGUUAUGCGGCUCUUCCUGACUACGAUGUGUGACACACAUGCGUACACACACACACACACACACACACACACACACACACACACACACACACACACACACACACACACACACAUACACAAAUAACUGGAACUGGAAAUGAAGUAUUUCUGCACACAAACAAUCAAACUGCACCCUUUCUCUCUCACACACACACACACACACACACACACACAAUGAACUGGAAGUGAAGUAUUUCUACUUCUUUCUGGAAAAAAAGGAAUUUUAUCUUGUUAUGCUUGUUCUUUUGUCUUAACUGGACAUGAGGAUCCUUUACAUUAUGUGUUCAUUUUGAGGAUACAUGCCCCAGCAGUGUCUGGUUGCUAACUUAAUUUUAAACUUUUUUAUUCUUAAUUUAAGAAGGAAAAAAAAACAGAUAUUGUUGUUACUGUUUGCUGUUUGUGGACAGCUAAAGGAAUGUUUGCAGCCUUGUACAUACAUGGCCGAAAUGAAUCAUGUUUCAUGAUGAUCAUGUUUACAUUUAUGUAUAUUGUAUUUUAUUGGUUGAACUAUGUGUCUCUCUAUGCUGCUCUUGAUAAUGUGAAAAUAAAAAAUGGUUUUCAUGAAUUUUUUCAUAUUAUGAUCUACAUUUGUAUUGUAUGUGUGUGUUAUAUAUUCCAAAACAAUUCCUUUGGUAUGAAUAAAGUCUAUUCUAAUCUAUG